CUGCGUACGUCGUGUGCGGGUCCUGAAAAUUUUCCAGUGCGGUGCAAGGUGUCAACUAGAAAUAUUGAAGAAAUUCGACAUCUUCAACAUAGCACAAAAAUGAAAUACAUCGCUGCUUACCUUUUGCUUGUUCAAGCUGGAAACACCGCCCCAUCUGCCGCCGACGUCACCAAGGUGCUCGAGUCUGUUGGUGUCGAAGUGGAAUCUGAAAAACUGGACAAGCUGAUUGCCGAAGUUGAAGGCAAAUCCGUGGAAGAGCUCAUCUCUGAAGGUACCGAAAAGAUGUCCAGUGUCCCAACUGGUGCUCCAGCUGCUGCUGCUGGUGCUUCUGGUGCUGCUGCCGGUGCUUCUGAGGCUGCUGCUGAGGAGGCUGCUGCUGAAGAAGAGGAAGAGGAGGAUGACGACAUGGGCUUCGGUCUCUUCGACUAG